AUGCCCUCCAGCCGCUCCAAUACCAGAACCAAAACCAAACCUCGCCCCCUCUCCUCUCUCACCCGCUCAACCCCACUCCUCCUCCUCCUCGUUCUCGCCAAAAGAGCCACAGGACAGUACAUCCCACCGCAGGCGGCUGGGCUGCGCCGGGCGGCGGGGUUUGGGAGGGAUGAUAGUGGGGAGAGGUGGGUGGAGGGCAUGGGUAGAGACCUAGAGGAAAGAGACGACGGCGGUGAUGAUACACAGUCGUCAACCUCCCGAUCCCUCUACCUCGUAUCCUCCUCCGACUUCUGCCUCUUCGGCCCCCCCUCCACCUCCUCCAAAAUAUCGGAAACAGGGGGUAACGUUGUUUCGUGGUGUACGAGGGAGCAACAUGGGAAUCGAUUGAUACCUGAUGGGACGUUGAGGGGGGUUACUUAUGUGAAGGCGCCGGGGUGGGUACAGGUUAGUGGGACGGGCGAUUUCACGCAGAUCAAUAUAGCAGAAGGCGAUUAUGGAGGACAGUUUGAUAGCGGGGACAACACCCCGGACGGUGCUGUGUUGUAUACGACAGACGACAAUCAAGCCGCCGAUUCUUGGAUCACGAUGAUAUCAGCCGACACAUUCUGCCUCCGCGCCUGUUCCGACCCCACCUACUGCCCCCUAGGCUACGACGAGAUGGGCUGUUACUUUUACACCUCCAAUGGCGUAGGGUGGGAUGGGGUGUAUCAGGAUUGUGCGGGGGAUGAUGGGGAUCCGCCUGGGGUUGUUGAUGGGGUGACUUAUACACAGGGUAAUGAUCCAACUCCAACACCAUCGACGCCGGCGGUAAGUAAUUGCAACCCCGGAUCGUCUGUGGCGAACGGGCAAUCUGCCACCGCUGCUGCUGCUGCUGCGUCUUCCGAUUCGUCCGAAUCUGGAUCUUCUAGCGACUCUUCCGGAGACGCCAGCGAAAGCGGAGGGGGUUCGACGAGCUGGGUCCCAGUCCAGACGUGUGUGCCUUGUACGGAUACGGCGAGUGCUAGUGGGAGUGAAGAGACGGGCUCUGGAGGCGCGUCGUCCGCCGCCGGAGGAGCAAGUUCUGGGGCAGAGUCUGGGGAGAGUAGUGCUGCAAGCUCUUCAGCGAAGAGUGGUUCCAGCGCAUCAGGGUCGUCUGGGUCGUCUGCAGCAGGCUCCGCUUCAGGCUCCGGAUCGGAGGCAGGCGGCGAGAACGGAGGUACCCAGCAAGUCGGUAUCACCCAACUUUCCGGCGGGAGCGUCGCUGCCGUGCAGAUAUCCGCUGCAAGCUCUGUCAACGCUUCCACCUACAGCGGCUCCCUCCCAUCUCCAUCCAAUAGUGCAUCAGAAUCAAGUGGGUCGAGUGGAGGAAGCAGUACCAUCACCUCAGCACCAGCUUCCACCGGCACCUCAGCCGCUGGAGGCGAGAAUGGUGGGGACGCGCUGGGGGCUAGGGGGUGGCUUGUCAAGAAGGAUGAGGAGACGACGACGAGUGAUGGAAAGUGCUGCUUUACGACGUGGACGCCGUCUGUCGUCGGCGGGGCGCAAGAAACCGGCGCCGCGUCGAGCGGGGGCGGCAGCUCUUCUUCAAAAGGAAAUUCGUCAGGCUCAGGCUCGGUGGUGCUUUCGGGUGCCAAGACUGCUGGAUCGUCGUCAACUGGGGUCAAGGAUGUCUCUGAAAGCAGUACGUCCGGAUCUGUUAGGGCUAGUGGUACGCUUGGGUCGGAGAGCAGCACGGCCAGUGGGAAUACGAGUGGGAAUGGUACGAAUGACACGAGCGGUGCUUUGCGGCUCGAGAUCACGGGUAUCGGGAGUGGCAUGGGCAUGCUGCUAUGGACGGCUGGGGUGGUGGUGAUGGGGACAGUAGUAGGGGGCUCGAUGGUACUGUAA